AUGUGGAGCGUUAGCGUUAGUAAAGAGCAGGACUCUAAGCUUCACAUGUUUUAUCUCUUAACACUCGUCUUAACUCUAUUUUACUUUUGUAAUCAAUACAAGUGUAUCAUCAAUCAACCUCUAAUCCUCUCGCUUUCUCCGCUGAUGACUGUGAAAACCUGUAAAGCUGAGCCUGUGAAAUGGGAAGCAUCACUUAGAAGUAGCACAACAACCAAACAAGAUGGUAAGCCUUCUUUGGUUUCUCCAUCAUCAUCAUCAUCGCUCAAGGCCUCUAGAUCUGCAUUCGCGAGCCCAAAAACUUCAAGACGUGUUGCUUCGCCUGCUGCUCAUACAGAAGUAACAAAGAUCUCGAGUUCGAGUAGCGACUCGAGCAAAUGGACGGGAAAUUUCAUUCUCAUGGUCGAGCUUCGAAGGAAGAUUAUCGCAUUUAGGGGCAUCAUUGACCUUCCCCCUCUCACCGGUUAUCUUUCCUUAACCAAUUUGCUUGAUCAUUUUUACGACGCCUUGAAAUCAAUAGGAGAUUCAUGGAUCGAUGACCACGAAUGGAUCAUUAAAUCCAAGUAUAAGAACAGUAGCCUCAGGAAGAAUCUAUCGGAUCGACUUGUGGAGAAGGUGUUAUCUGCGUUAGAUGGACUUAUAAAGGGGAUGAACGAGAGGCUCAAUAUUACAGAGAAGGGCACUGAGGAAAAGGAGGAAAAGGUUACUACUCCUCCGCAGAGUAAAGCACCCUUGUCGCCGCCAAAAUCAGACACGAAGCAACCGAUCACGCCAAGAACGGUGCUGACUCCACCUGGAGACAUUUCAAUCUCUGUUUCAAAUCUUCCAAGAAACUUGAGAAUGCAAGCGCUUGUCAAGCUGAGUCCUAUCGAUGUAAAGCGACUCGCUAUCCAAAACAUGUGCCAGAAAGAAGCUCAGAGCAAUAGUGGUGGUGGUGAUGGUGAUGGUGAUAAUGAGAGUGUCAAAGAGAAGAAGAGUGAAACAAAGAAAAUGGAGAAAGCAAAAGAAGCUGUCCUUGAGGUUAAAGAUAGUGAGAAGAAUGAGACUGAUGAUAAAAAUCACUCAAAAGUUCCAGAGAAAUCUGAAACUGUUCCGGCAACUUUGGCUCCAGGGAAUGCAGCAGUACCGCCGCCACAGCCAGCCGUAAAAGGACCGUCUGCACCGCCUCCUCCACCACCAAAGAAUGCAGUACUACCGCCACCACCACCACUUCCAGUGGCUGCCGGAAGAGGAUCGGGUGCACCACCACCACCGCCAUUUCGCUUGGGAGCCAAGAAAGCAGCUGGUAAGCUCAAGAGAUCCACCCAAUUAAGGGAUCUCUACAAUUUACUCAAGGACAAAAUCGAAGGGAAGGAUCCACAAACACCACGUGGCUUCGCCGGAGGAAGCAAAGGCGGGGCUGAAAGCGCUCCAGCCCGGGAAAAGGAAUCAAAAGGAAUGGCUGAUGCUCUUGCUGAGAUAACAAAGAAGUCAGCUUAUUUUCAGCAAAUAGAAGCGGAUGUUCAAAUGUAUAUGAAAGCCAUCGAUCAGCUUAAAACAGAGAUUUACAAUUUCCAGAGUAAGGACAUGACCGAGCUUCAGAAUUUCCACCAGUAUGUCGAAUCAGUGCUCAAGAAUCUAACAGAUGAAACACAGGUUCUAAAGAGAUGCAAUGAGUUCCCGCAGAGUAAACUCGAAGCGAUAAGAAUGGCUGCUGCAAUGUACUCGAAGCUGCAGGGUAUGGCCAAGGAGCUGAAGAACUGGAAGAUUGAGUCUCCGGGGAACAAACUUUUCGACAAGACUGAACUUAAUUUUAAAAAGGCAAGUCACUGGAACACUGAUUUUACUCUAAUCAAAACAGAGAUAGAGGCUAUAGAGCGGAUCAAAGUAGAAGAGGAGAAGAAGUUCAAGAGCCAUAACAUCCAUUUCGACUUCAGUAUCCUUGUUCACAUCAAGGAAUCAAUGGUUGACGUCUCAUCAGGCUGCAUGGAACUGGCGUUAAAGGAAAAAAGAGAAGCAAAGAUGGCAACGCAUAGUGCAGAAUCACGGGAUGCAAAGCCGAGCAUGACCAAGAAUAAGGCUGCAGGAUCUGCUAAAUCGCUGUGGAGGGCAUUUCAGUUUGCAUACAAAGUUUAUACAUUUGCUGGCGGACACGACGACCGAGCUGAUCAGCUUACCAGAGAGUUGGGUGAUGAGAUCAAACGGAUUCUCUGAAACCAAAUGACACUCAUCACUUCACCACUCCUGUUUCACCUGAAAAAUGCAAGGAAAAAAUGUUGUCUGUUUCACCGAAGUGAUUUAAUAUUUAACAAAAUGUUGUAAUCUAAUCACCAAGAGGCUGUUGUAAUCUGAUAUGUUUCUUCUCACUGAACCUAUAAAUAAGAAAGUAAAGUUAUAUUAGGCUCUCAAGGCCAUGACAACUUCAAGAAAGUUCUUUUAUAAAAGAAACAGACACAAUUUCGAAGAAUUCAGAAAUUGAUGGCGCAAGUAUUGAUUUCAAAUUUGCAAAACUCCAAUAUGCUUCGAGAUAUCAU